GAUGUACUAAUUCCGACCCUUAUGACUGGAGAUUGCAUGGACCGCAUCUGCGUACGUGCAUCUGGAUUUUGGGAAUUUUACGAUCUGAAUGAAGAGACAAAGUUGUUGCAUGCUGAUAUUGUGCUUAUUGAUGAAGAGGGUAACAGCAUUCAUGUGCAGAUCUACCCCAAGGCCUAUCAGCGGCUAAAAACUUUGAUAAAAGAAGGCGGUGUCUACAAUCUUGCAUGCUUCUGGGUCAAGAAAUCAAAUGACAAGUACAGACCAGUGUCAAAUGACAACAUGAUCAACCUAUCAACAUGGACAACAAUAGAAGAAGUUGUUGAAGUUCCACCUGCUUUUCCAAUGUUUACCUACUCCCUGACUCCAAUAGAGCAGCUACCAUCUCGUGUGGACUAUGCAAAAUACUUCACAGAUGUCAUUGGAAUAGUAACAUCAAUCUCAAAUAUCAUGUCACUAAGAGCAAGCGGAAGACAAAGUGAUAGUUUGAAGAGGGUUGUUACUAUACAGGAUGCAAGUAAUGCUUCAGUGGAUGUUGCGCUAUGGGGUGAGCAUGCCUCUUUGUUCCCAGCUGAACAAUUGCAAAAAGAUGGAGAAACCUGCCCACAAAUCAUCAUAUUUGUGGGGACCCUUGUCAAGAAAUAUGCAACAUCUGGAACCAUAUCCUUAGCUGGCAAUGCACCAUGCAGGUGGUAUAUAAAUCCAGAUGCCCCUUAG